AUGCUGCGCGUCGGGGACUCCUCCGGCGCGGCAGCGCUGGGGGCGGUGGCGGCAAGGAGGAGGUACCACGAGCGGGUGGUGGACCACUACAGCAACCCACGCAACAUGGGGGCGUUCGACAAGGACGAAGCCGACGUUGGCACCGAGCUCGUCGGCGCGCCGGCCCACAGGGAUGUCAUGAAGAUGCAGAUCCGCGUCGACCAUGCCUCUGGAUCCAGGGCCGGCCCUGAGGGGGGCGAACGGGGCGGCCGCCCCGGGCCCCCAAAAGUCAGUGGGGCCCUCCUAGGGCGUGGGUCAGAGACGGACGAGGAGGCCGAGCAGUUCGGCAUGCCGUCGCCUGCCAAGGUCUGGAUCCUCCCCCCUCUUCCCUUCCAUGGCAGCGCCCCGACCUGCCGCAUCUUCCUCCUCGCGAAGAAGAGUGGUGGAUCUGCAUCCUCGCUGCGGAAGGCUGCCGCUGUGCCGACUCCAACCUGUAGCCUGUUCCGGCUCAGGUUAUAUGAUGUGUACAUGGCAGUGUUACUGAACAGAAGGAGCAGUUCUGAGGAAGCGCUCAACCUUGACGUUGAUGCGGAGCAUCCCAAGGUCAUCCCCAUGGACCUAACAUCGUCUCACCAAGUGCCUAGCGGACCGAUGACUAGAGCUAGAGCUAGAGCUCUCGAGACCGAGGUGACCUCUCUCCUUAGUGACAUUACAUAUGAUCCUCUCGAGACAUGGCUACUACCUAAGUCCGAGACAUUGUGCAUGAUUAGGUACCAAGAAGACCCUCCUGAAGAUGCACGUGAAGACGGACAAGCCGCCAAGUCCACGGAUGAAGAGGAACGCUGGAAGGAGAAGAAGACACCUCCAGGACCCGGACAUCCGGCCCCCAAGCCCUGA